AUGACGACCCAGUCGACGAAGACGCGGGACAUUGGACGGAACCCGGACGGAUUCAUUCACAAAUGUACAGACAGCAUUCCGGUAUGGAUAUGCGAACAGCUGGAACAGCUGGAACCUACGCCAACCACGACGCCAAUUCCGCCAACGCCGCCUGGGACCACGGAGAUUCUCCUGGCGUGGAUGGUGUCCACCGCGCUGACCUACAUGCUAGUGUUUCGGAUAUUCGACAUGCCAUAUCUGGGCCCUGGGAGGAGACGUAUCGGCAUCGCCAUGUCCCUGCUCGCUCUGACGGUGCACAUUAUCCGGACCGAGACGACAGAUCUUCGCCAAGACACCCCCCCGGGCGACACGGCCCUCGGCUGGGCCAUGGGGAUACCCAUGCUGUUCGCCCUUCUGACGGAUAUGGGCCUUCGGUACCUGAUUCCCGUAGGCAUGGUCAUCAUCCUCACGGACGCCAUCUGGAUCGCCGACAACUGGCAGCACGGCCUUCCCGAGGAUGCCACCGAGCGCGACAUUCUCUACGGCCUCGACUACGUCACCAAAGACCGCCACUUUUCGAGCGAUAAGGUGAGACUCGCUCGUCUUCGUUACGACCACAAUGGCCAUCGCACUGCCUUCGUCGAAUUCCACCGCCGAUCCGACGCCGAGUACUUUCUUGACCGUUACUAUCCCGACAUAUCGUUUCCCUUAGAACACUCCCGCGGCCUAGACUCCGAACCCAUCACGGUGGGAAUCAGCUCGCCAAGAGAUCGCGGUGAGAUGGAUUCAUCUCGUGACUCCCGGAGAGACGGCGAAGGCUGGGACUGCAUCAAAUGUGGUGCAAUCAACUACCCCCAUCGAGCCGUUUGUUUCAAGUGCAAAGCUGAGCGACCCGAAGAUGACUACGGCGGUUCUGGUCCCUUCUUGACAGGCGAGACAGAUGAGUGUCCUCAGCAAACACCCUCCCAUUACGUCGUCAUCCGGGAUUUGGAGGGAUCCGUCACCGAGGAGGUGCUCGCCAAAGGCGUCAUGAAGUUGUUCAUCGAGAACCAGGAACCUCCAAAACAAACUCCCACCGCUACCAACAAACUGAAGUCGACGGCGCCGACCGCAAGCACAGUUGGCCUCGGAGCAAAGCCCGGCUCACUUCGGCGUGUGUUCCUAAUGCGGGAUCUCAAAACCAACGAGUCUUGGAGAUACGGUUUUGCCGAGUUUGCCACUGUCGAGGACGCCAUGGCCGCUGUCGCAAAGUUCCGUGCGUCUCCAAGAUUUACCAUUGCAUCCAAACCUGUUGUGGUGGCUUUCAUCCAUACCGGCGUUUUCAUUCCCGCCUUCGAUGACCCGGCGCCUGAGAACCAAAACGUCUCCUUCACUCCAAUAUACAACCCUUCUGUGCGCGUCAAAUACUGGGAUGAACGCGCCUAUCCCAGUGUCCGCGUCAUCUCGGAGGACCCCCUUCCCGGCGCACCGAGUCCCGAUCGGUCUGGCGGCCCUGAGGACACCGGCAAAUCCGCAGCGAGGUCUUCAAAAAAGGGCAAGACCACUAAAGAGCCCGCUCCCGUCGCCAAGGUCGCCAUGAUGCCGCAGAUGCAACUGUGGGCAAAGGCGUCGGCAGAGCUGCACGGUCUCAAACCUUCUACCGAUGCCGCCGCCGCCGUUGUUGCGGAACCCCAGGACGUCGAGCUGGCAGGUCACGGUGAUUCCCGGGAAGCUGACGAUGCUCACCUAGACGGCCCAGUAUGCCCUCAACCGGGCGACCAGUACAUCUCCUACGGCGACUGGGAGGCGAUGUCAUGCCUAGCCUGCGGCUGGGAGGCGCCUACCCAGGAGGUCAUCGACGACCGCGGCUGGCCCCAGACCCGCGGCGACCUGCUCAUCGAGCACGAAGGCCGCGCCCACCAUUUCUUCUUCAGGGACGAACAGGCCAAGGAGAAAGCCUCGGCCGCCCUCGCCGCCCUGGGCAGGGAACCGCGCACCAUUGUCCGCCGCACCCCGCGGCUCAAGUCUGAGCGUCUGCCCGUCUACAAGUCGUACGCCGACUUGGACCGCCUGCGCUGCGUCCUCUGCAAGCGUGUGUUUAAAGAGCUGAGGCUCGUCUGGCUGCACGAGCAGCAGAGCGAACUCCAUAAGCGCAUGCUGGCUGACGCGGCGAACCGCAAGCGCGCGACGGAGGAGCUGAAGACGAUGGGGAAGAGGCUAAGGGUCUUGGAGCCUGAUGCUGAGUUUAAGAGUCAGUGGGAGGAGCUGCGGCGCGUAAGGUUUUUGGGACGGCAGUAUCGCGACCGGGCGCUGGAGCGGAGGAGGGCGUUUGGGCGGUUCAAGCAGCCUGGUGUUUCGUCUGUUCAUCCCGCGGGUGUUGGUGGUGGUGGUGGUGGACAAACGAUCCCUGAAAAACGGAAAGAGCCUGCUGCCGAAACGGUCGGUGACAGAGAUAACAACAAGGAGCCUGCCGCCAAAAAGUCCAAGGGCGCGGGCAUGCUGGCCAAGAUGGGGUGGACCGCUGGCGCGGGGCUGGGUGCCGAGGGCGCUGGCAGGACGGAGGCUAUUGCUACUGAGGUGUAUGCUCCUGGGGUGGGGCUGGGUGCCGAGGGGGGGAGGCUGGGGGAUGCGGCCGAGGAGGCGGCGAGGAAUACACGGGGGGAUUUCGCUGCGUUUGUGCAGAAGACUAAGGAGCGGGCGAGGGAGCGGUUUGAGAAGAUGUGAUGAACUGGGUUUCGGUCGUUUUAUGGGUGGUUUUCUUGUGGUGUAUGAAUAGGGAGUUUGCUUUGCCUUUGGUGCUGGGGCGUCAAUGAUGUUGAUUCUUGUACGCUUGGAGCGGAAGGUCUGGUUGGUCAGGGAGGCAACGGAUUUUGCUUGGCGUUUUCAGGGGUAAAGUAAACAAACAGGCAGGUCAGAUAUCCCAGUGUAAAAAAGAAGUUUCA